AUCCAAAUUAAACUACAAAAAGCCCCACAGGCAUCUCAGAGUUAUGAGUGGGGAAGAGAGUUGAGAAACGAAAAAAAAUGGAAAAUCAUAAGCUUCUUCUAAACAUUUUUUUCGCUUUGUUAGUUGUUUUCGGCUCGAAUUUGGUUUCCAGUGACGAUACUAUAACGCCCGAUGAAGUCGACGACCAGCCGCUUUCGAAAAUUGCAAUCGAGAAAACCGUUUUUGCGCUCCGUGAUUCGUCCUCCGUUAGUGUUCACCCGCUUGUGCUUGGCUUGAAGGGCGAGGAUACUCAAUGGGUUGAUGUGCAUUUGGUACACUCGGAACCAUCGGAGAGUGAUUGGGUUGGUGUCUUUUCGCCUGCCAAGAUCAACUCAUCAAGUUGUUUCGAAGUUCGUGAUCUCGCCCCACAUAUAUGCUCGGCCCCCAUAAAGUACAAAUAUGCAAAUUUCUCCAACUUCGGGUAUACAAAAACGGGCAAAGCUUCUCUGACGUUCCAGUUGAUCAAUCAGCGGGCAGACUUCUCAUUUGCAUUAUUUACAGGCGGGUUGUCGAAUCCAAAAUUGUUGGCAGUUUCAAAUAACAUAUCGUUUGCAAAUCCUAAAGCGCCCCUUUACCCGCGCCUUGCCCUGGGAAAGUCUUGGAAUGAAAUGACAGUAACAUGGACAAGUGGCUAUAACAUAGACGAAGCCGUCCCUUUUGUCGAGUGGGGUUUUAAAGGAGAUCUUCAAAGUCGCUCACCAGCUGCUACAUUGACAUUUAACCAGAUGAGCAUGUGUGGCUCACCUGCACGGACCGUUGGCUGGCGGGAUCCUGGUUUCUUUCACACCAGUUUCUUGACCGGCUUGUGGCCAAACUCCAUGUAUACUUACAGGAUGGGUCAUCUAUUAUCUGAUGGUUCAUAUGCCUGGAGCAAGAUGUAUUCAUUCAAAUCGUCCCCAUAUCCAGGCCAAGACUCGUUACAGCGCGUUGUCAUAUUCGGUGACAUGGGAACGGGGCAGCGUGAUGGAUCAAAUGAGUAUAAUUAUAACCAACCAGGUGCGCUUAAUACUACAGACCAACUCAUCAAGGACUUAAAGGACAUUGACAUAAUUUUCCACAUCGGAGAUAUUACGUACGCAAAGGGAUACAUCUCACAGUGGGACCUAUUCACAUCACAGGUGGAACCCCUUGCAUCAACUGUACCAUAUAUGCUUGCAAGUGGCAAUCACGAGCGUGAUUGGCCAGACACAGGAUCCUUUUAUCAAACUAGAGCCUCAGGUGGGGAAUGUGGCGUGCUAGCUGAGACUAUGUUCUAUGUUCCUGCAGAGAAUAGAGCUAAGUACUGGUACUCAACAGAUUAUGGCAUGUUUCACUUCUGCAUAGCCGAUAGUGAGCAUGACUGGAGGGAGGGUUCUGAACAGUACAAGUUCAUUGAGAGUUGCCUUGCAUCAGCAGAUAGGCAAAAACAGCCGUGGUUGAUCUUUGCUGCUCACCGUGUUCUUGGUUAUUCUUCUGACAAGAAGUAUAGCUUGUGUGAGGGUUCGUUUGAAGAGCCCAUGGGAAGGGAAAGCUUGCAGAAGCUCUGGCAGAAGUACAAGGUGGAUAUAGCAUUUUACGGCCAUGUUCAUAACUACGAAAGAACUUGCCCCAUUUACCAGAACAUAUGCGUGAACAAAGAAAAAACGCACUACUCUGGCACCGUGAAGGGAACUAUUCACGUUGUCGUAGGAGGAGCAGGAAGGGUUUUGUCGCAUUUCGCCGAAGUCCCUCCCCUUUGGAGCCUCUACAGAGAUUAUGACUUUGGAUUUGUGAAGUUGACAGCAUUUAACCACUCGUCUCUUCUGUUGGAGUACAAGAAGAGCAGAGACGGAAAGGUCUACGAUAAAUUCACCAUCACGAGGAGCUACCGAGAUGUUCUAGUCUGCGUCCACGACGGCUGUGAAGCUACCACUUUAGCAUUUUGAGCCCAUUUUUUUAGCAUUCGUUGGAGGAAGCCACUGUAUGAUUAUGGCAGCAUAAUAAGCUAUUUUUGCAGUUCUGCCAUAAGGUAUUGUUUGGUACUGAGAGUUUGUGAAUCUUGAUAAACACUGAUGCUCAGGAAAAGAAAUGUCUGUUUUUUUCUCA